AUGGCCACAGUACCGUCGCAGUCUGAAAAUAGAAGGCUGCUCUUGGUGUCAAAUCGUCUACCUAUCACAGUUCGACGCUCGGAUGAUGGAAAAUAUGACUUCUCCAUGUCUUCCGGAGGCUUAGUUACGGGAUUGAGUGGCCUGGCAAAGACGACGACAUUUCAAUGGUAUGGGUGGCCUGGCUUGGAGGUCCCGCAAGAUGAAAUUACGACGGUGAAGACGAGAUUAAAAGAAGAAUACGGUGCGACACCAGUAUUUAUUGAUGACCAGCUUGCGGAUCGCCAUUACAAUGGAUUUUCGAAUUCAAUCCUGUGGCCUUUGCUUCACUACCAUCCUGGAGAGAUAGUUUUUGACGAGUCUGCUUGGGACUCGUACAAAAAGGCCAAUGCACUCUUUGCGGAGACUAUCGCGAACGAGGCACAAAACGGGGAUUUGGUUUGGGUACAUGACUACCACCUCAUGCUCUUACCUCAACUGUUGCGGGAACGUUUACGGGAUUUAGGAAAGAAAAAUAUCAAGAUUGGAUUCUUUCUGCAUACGCCAUUUCCUAGCAGUGAGAUUUACCGCGUUUUACCAGUUCGAGCUGACCUUCUUCGGGGAGUUCUUCAUUGCGACCUCAUCGGUUUCCACACGUUUGAUUAUGCACGCCAUUUUUUGAGUAGCUGUACUCACAUUUUGAACCUUAACACAACUCCAAAUACUGUUCUCUUCAAGAACCAGUCGGUGGCUGUCGGGGCGUUCCCGAUUGGCAUAGAUCCAGACAAAUUCCUUGAAGGCUUGAAAAACUCAAAUGUUCAAAGUCGUAUUUCGAGACUCGAAUCGAAGUUUCAGGGCAUGAAAUUGAUGGUCAGUGUAGACCGUUUGGACUACAUCAAAGGCAUUCCCCAAAAGCUGCACGCAUUGGAAGUAUUUCUUUCCAAUCAUCCUGAAUGGGUGGGCCAGGUGGUUCUGGUGCUCGUAGCUGUCCCAAGCCGAGAAGACGUUGAAGAAUACCGCAAUCUGCGAGCAGUGGUGAAUGAACUGGUGGGACGAAUUAAUGGCCGGUUUGGUACCGUCGACUAUAUGCCAAUUCAUUUCAUGCACAAAUCAGUCAAUUUCGAAGAGUUGCUUGCUCUCUAUGCUGUGUCUGAUGCAUGCAUUGUGUCUUCUACACGUGAUGGCAUGAACCUCGUAUCUUUCGAGUACAUUGCGAGCCAGCAGAAGGGGCAGGGAGUACUAAUCCUCUCCGAGUUUGCCGGUGCUUCUCAGAGUUUGAACGGGAGCAUAGUGGUCAAUCCGUGGAAUACAGAGGACUUGGCUCAAGCGUAUCAUCAAGCCGUAUCCAUGGAGGCGGAGCAGAGGGCCGCGAGGUACCAGAAGCUCUGGAAAUACGUUUCCAAGUAUACGAGUUACUAA